AAUACCUGGGACCGUACCGAAAGAACAAGAAUCUAACGCAAAGAAAUCAACUGGUUUAUACUAAUUCGUUAGAAAGGUAUUGAAUAUUAAAUAACUUGAGCGUCCGGUUGCUUGUACCGGUGUAUAUUUUAAUCUUUGGAGAGUAGAGCUCAAUUCGUAAUAAUUCUUCUGACACUUGAUGGUUCUACCUGUGAAAUAAGAUGUGAUGUCAGGAGGAGGUCUUGAACUUCGGAUUUGGAAAAAUAAAUUGUACAAUUUGCAGCGUGAAGCUCCUUCUCCCCAUGUUAUUCCUUGCAAUCGAAUUUUAAAUCAUUGCCCACCUCAGUAUGGCGUUGAAUAUCAUGGUCCGAUAUCACGUCAGGAAACUGAAGAGUUACUUUCUAAUGCCCACGAUGGGUCUUACCUUAUUAGAGACAGCCAACGUGCUGAGAACGCCUACACCUUGGUCAUUUGGUUUGAUAAGGUGGCGAAAAACUUCAAGUUAUAUUUUGACCCCCUAACGAAGCAACACUUUGUUGGCGAAACCAAAUUUGACACUGUGGAACUUCUUGUUGCAGAUGGCCUAAUUCAUUUUUAUGUGGAAACACGUGGAGCAGAUGUUCUCCAGAAAAUUGCAGAAGCUAACAUUUAUGAAAAGACGCCGUUUUAUAAGGUUCGUUAUCAUACUUUCAACUCUCAGGCAGAAGCAUAUUUUAAUAUAAAGUCCUCUGAAAGCAAAGUAAUGAAUAAUGAACGUCCUGUACCUUCGCCAUUAAAACAUCUCCAAGCUUCUCAACGUUAUGCCAGCAAUUUCAAACAGUUAUCAUGUCAUCGUCAGUCUAUGGAUGCAAGCCAUCUUGAUAGCCUCUCUAAAUAUCAAUCCAUCAUUUCUACAACGCCACUUAUUCGUGAAUGGCCUGAUGAUAAACAUGAACUCAAAAAUUAUCGGAAUUACCCCCCACUGGCUGUUCAACAGUAUGUUGUUUGUAGCCCAUUACAACAAAAGCCUGACCCAACAAUCACUGCCUCUAAUCUUGGGAUAGAUUUUUCUCGUUUAAGGUUGGAACCACUGUUAGACACAUAUAAGAUUGUGAGCGGUACACAAUCUUUUUCUGAGGUUGCUUCACCUCUGACAACGCAAAUUAGUGGAUAUGACAGUGGUUUAAAUACUCCCAUUCAUGCUUCUGAAUAUGGAUGUUGUGAUUCUCAAGUAUCUUCUGUACCCUCCAAUCCAUUUAGACCAACCGUUUAUCCGAUUUCGAGUCGUAGUACAGUAAUGACAACUAACUCUGCAGCCGUCUUUAAAACUGUUGCUUCAAAUGAUCAAUGUUCUCCAGUUAAUUCAGGUUUAAACCAAGCACCUCUUGCCAGUUGUUUUUCUGGGGAAUCAAGCAGUUUAGGUUCUUGUACAAAUAGUAGUAGUUCUAGUAGCCACAUGGGUCUUCCACCAAGUGCUCAGUCUUAUGUGUUGGAAUCUGAAUUUUCUUCUGAAUCACUUGGUCCAAAACAAAUUUCAUUUAAUACUGAUUUAUCUGACCAUCAUUUUUCGAACGGAGUUUCAUUUCAUAGUUCCAAACUUAAUGGGGGUACUUCAGAUUCUUCAAAACAACAGACAAACGAAUUAUUAUUUACAGAUCCUGACUGUGCACAAAACGAUGCUAUGCGUAAUCUUCAAGAACGAUAUAACUUGCCAAUAGCUUGUUUACCUGACCCGUCUACUUUAAUUUCCAAUAUCAAACCACAUAAUUUUAGGAUUCACACUUAUCGUGGACCUCACUGGUGCGAUUAUUGUACUCAUUUUAUUUGGGGGCUUGUUGCUCAAGGCAUGAAAUGCGUAGAUUGCGGAUUUCAGGCCCAUAAACGAUGUGCUGAUCUUGUACCAUGUGACUGUGUACCAGAUAUCAAACAAAUGAAACGAGUCUUUGGUGUAGACUUAACUAAUUUGGCGAGAGCCGAAAACAAGGCUGUACCAACGCUGCUAAUUAAAUGUAUCCAAGAGGUGGAACGUCGAGAUGGUUUAUUUUGCGAAGGUCUCUAUCGUAUUCCUGGGAAUUAUGAUCUUGUGGAAGAAUUACGUACUGAAUUCGAUAAAGAUCCGGAAUUGGCAAAUGUAUCUGAAGUACGUGUUCGAGAUAUCAAUGUUUUGACAAGUUUGAUUAAAUCAUUUCUACGUCAAUUACCUGUUCCACUAAUCACCUAUGAAGCAUAUCCAGACUUAUUGGAUGUUGUUAGAGAUGACCGACUUACUGAACAGGAGAAAUUGGAUUUGCUAAAGAAAAUAUUAGCUCGUUUACCCGGUGCUCAUUAUGAAAGCCUUCGUUAUUUUAUAAAUCAUAUACACAGAGAGGCACAAUGCUAUCCGUCAAAAAUCUAUCUGAGAACAAUUUUUACUUAUCCUGAGAAUUCAACUUUUAUGAAAACAAUGAAUUGA